GUUCCGCGCACGCGGUCAUCACUCCAGUACGCCACUUGGUGAAAAAUCGAAACAGUUCACGGUCCGGCAUGGAUCUGAGGGACACCAAAGUUCUUGUUGCCUGUUUGUUCGGCGUCGUGCGGUUCUUCUUCGGCGUUUUACCUAUUAAAAUCUACAAAUUGUUAAAACUCAAAGAUGAAGAGGAUGGCAACACAGAAACAUUCGUCAACGAGAGACGACACAAGCAAAUCCAUUGGGGUUUGGCGCUCUUUCAAGCUUUCGGAGGCGGUGUUAUUUUCGCCACGUGCUUCCUGCACAUGAUACCCGAAGUGUACGAAUCGACGAUAGAGCUGAAAAAGUUCGGACUUAUAAAUUCGCAAUAUCCUUUCUCGCAGCUCAUAGUUUCGCUUGGUUUUUUCCUAAUUUAUUUCAUCGAAGAACUUGGGCAAUACUUUAUCUCCAGGUUACCCGAAGAACCUUGCGAGAGCAAGAAUAACCAGGUAGCACCUGAAGUUACUGUAGUUGAAGAUUUGGCCAUCGAAAAGGAGUUAGAUAUUACCUUGGAAAAAAGUAAGGAGUUUGAGCAAGUUGAGGAACUGGACAAAUUGAUAGAUUCAAAGGCUAUGACCCAGCAACAGAUAAUUAGAGGAAUUCUUAUCGUUUUGGCCUUAUCUUUACACGCAUUCUUCGAAGGUUUGGCCAUCGGACUGCAAACUUCGAUUUCAAACAUAUGGUAUUUAUUUCUGGCAAUAUCGAUUCAUUCCGCAACGAUACUGUUCUGCAUUGGACUCGAGCUAUUAUUAGCGAAUACUAAAAUUAGGACAAUCAUCGUCCACGUAUCGAUUCUUUCCAUCACGAGCCCUUUAGGAGUUUUCUUUGGACUGUUGAUUACUUUAAACGCCGACAUGAACACAAAAGCCAAGACUAUAUGGGUCAUGUUGAUUGAGGGAUUAUCCGCUGGAACUAUACUUUACAUUACAUUUUUCGAAGUACUCAACAGGGAAAAAGAGCGCAGAGUUUACAGGAUGAGUAGAGCCUGUUUCAUCAUCUUGGGAUUCGGCCUUAUGGCCUGUCUUGAAUGCUGGGAAAUGAAUGUCUAA